AAAGUUAGUCAAGUGUGUUGUUGAUCAAAACACACGUGAAAACAUGAAACCGCCGACGACAACCGCCAAUAAUGAUAAAAAGACGCUUGUUGUCGUCCAAGAGCUGAAAAUGGCUCGUUUCUUGGCCGGCAAUGACAAAUCGUCGCGUGAUCGUGCUCUAAAAAGCCUCACCAAGUGGUUGAAACAACGCUCCGAAACUUUCGCCUUUACCGAAGAUGAUUUUAUGAGAAUUUGGAAAGGUUUGUUUUACUCUAUGUGGAUGUCGGACAAACCGUUGAUCCAGGAAGAAUGUGCGGAAAACAUAUCCAAGUUGUUGAUCCACUUUUCUUCUGUGCACGAUUCCAUGAUGUUUUUUAAAGCGGGCCUGGAAACGUUAUGCAACGAAUGGUUCGGUAUUGAUCAACUGAGACUGGACAAAUUCCUUAUGCUAACAAGGAGACUUUUGAGACAAGCCAUCACAGUGUUGAGAAACAAUAAGUACAGUAAAAAAGAUGUGGACGAGUUUGGUGGUGUUUUGUCCAGUACAAUUUUGAAUACAGAUAGGAAACCACCGUUAGGACUGUUUAUGCAUUUUACAGAAAUAUUCUUGGAAGAAUUGGCAAAGGUGGGAAAUGGUAACAUCAAUCCAGAUAGAGUGAUCGACUUUUUGCGGCCGUUCAUUCUUAAAAUGUCGACUUCGAAUGACGGUCGUGAGAUCGCUCGUAUACGCAAAUUCAUUUUUACCGAUUUAAUUCGACAAACCGAUCUAGGUAUGGAGUAUCAGGAAAAAUACGACGCCUGGAAGCGAGAGGGAUUUCCCGGCAGCAUCGAUUCGAUGCAAAAAGUACUUGUAGAUGAUGCCGACGACGACGACGACGACGACGACGACGACGAUGACAAAGGAGGAGAGAAACAAGAGGAAGAUACUGGUAAAAAGGAAGAGGAGGAGAAAGUGUUGGAUCCGAGGGCCGGAAGAGUGAACGUUGAACUGCCGCAGAUCAAGUUCUCUCCCAAACUAAUUGUUAAGGCACUGAACGAAGUUAAGUUCGAUAAAAAAUCUACAACGAAAGCGAGAAAGAUGAUCGGCGUGUUAUCCGAGCAAUUUCAGAAGCUCUCCAAAGGUGUUUAUCCGCUUGGUAUUAAACAGCUGAAUCUCCCGAAAGACGAUUACGACGCGAGCAUCAAGAAAGCGGUCAACAGACUCGUAAAAUUUGAAAAGAAAUUAAUGGGGCCGGCAGGAAACGAUAAAAAGCGGAAGAAGAAGAACCAUGAUGACGACGUCGACGCGACAAAGAUUAAGAAAAAAGUACAAAAUCAGUCAAAGAAUGAUGAUGAACUGCUGGAGGAAAUCGAUGAAGAGGAACUUGACAAGUUUAUAAAAAAAUCAGAGGCAAAAAUUUCAAAGGCGAGAAAAUACGAGAAGAAUUAUCAAAUCGGUACGCCGUUAAGAAAGAAGACGACCAUUCAAAAAGCCAAACAUAGAAUCACGAAAAAAAAAAGUCUGGCCCAAAAAGCGGAGUUCAUUUUCAAACGAAAUUCCGGAAUCUGGUUUGUUUUUAAAGAAGGCGGCGAAACCACCACUACUACUACUACCACUCCUACUGAUGACGCAACAAAAAAAGGCGACUCCCAGUUCGACGUUUCCAAUGCAGACUUGGGUAAUUUUUUGGAGACAAAACUUGAUGUGAAUACCAAGGUGUCUCCUUCUGACAAGCAAGCUAACAAUACAUCUCCAUCCAGGAGACCAAAGGGCGGUAGUCAGUCCCAAUCUCCACAUAAAAGUCCUGUAACAGAGUUGACCGCAACGAAAUUGUUUACGACACCAGACAAACCUGAAUUGUUCCCGAAAAGUGAAUGGGACGAACCACCCAAAGAAGGCGAGUACGAAAUUUGCAUUCCCGCUAAAAAGUACGUCAACAAACUAAAAGUGGAAGCGAAGAAGAACAAUCAAAACGUGCAGGAAUUAAUCAACGAAACAAUUUCCAAAAUCAAGGGAAAGAACAGGUUCUCUUUGGACUCGAAACUGGUGAAAAACCCGUAUUCCGGAACCGGUUCGUCGUCUGCUCAAAAAGGUAACAAAAAGGUGAAAAUCAAUAUGAAACUGAACAGAAGUCAAGAAAUACACGAACAUGUCGCGCAGAUUCUGAAUUCCCCCAAAAUUCCGUACGACGCUAACAAAAAGCCCCUGAAACCUUUAUUAAAAUCGAGCGUCAAUUCGACGCCGAUCAAUCCGUUUUACAAGAAGAAAUGAGAAUUUUCAUUGAAUUUAUUGUUCAUUUCGUUUGUGCGCCAACAAACGAGAAACAAACAAACAUUUUAUAUUAUGUGUGUAUAAUUAUGAAGUUAAAUUAAUACAUUUUGUUGUAUUUGGUUA